ACCUCGCCAUUUUUGCGAAACGCACAGCCGCGGAGUUUCUCUUGGGAGAUCGAGAGAGAAUUAUAAACCACUUACCUUUUUUUGAUUUAUUGAUACUACAAGCUUUCUGAUGGUAUUUUCGAUGGAACAGCGGGUACAUGCACAGUGCUAUUGAGGAAGAGAGAUCAUAUGUGUACCUGAACAUACUACGUGAACGUCACACAGGAAGAAGCAGACUGUACAUGUCAAUUGGACUUUGACCCAUUAACUUCAGAAGCCACUGACGAACUUGGCACUCUGAGGGAAGUUCCCUUUUUUCUGUUUCCUGUGUUUGUUUCAUUUGAAACAUUCCAAGAAGUUGAUUCUUUAUCUGUAAAUGUAUUCAAUCGGGAAUUCCAGCUACACGUGGAGGCUUGCCUUGAACAUUGAGCACUGAUUCAUGCAUAUAUUGAAGAAGAGGGAAUCACAAUUCAUUUGAUAUUUUCGUGAGAAGUAUUUGGAAAGACGGGCAUCGGUAUUCAAAGAGGAUGACACUUGUACAGUUUGAAAUGAAUGAAAUAUAUUGUGGUGACCGAUAGAAAAGAUAUUUGUUGAAAAACAUCUUGAUUAUCUACAAGAGAAGUAGAAUUAUUUACAAGAGAAUAUACAAGAGAAUUAGAAUUAUUUGUGCAGUCCCAGGCACUGGGAACUGUGUAUUGCUCAUUGUGUGUGAAGCAGCAAUUCAGACAUAGCAAGUCAAGUUUAGCAAGGGAGACAGGCCAGAAGACAAUUACUUAAUAAAUUUUGGGGUUAUAAAUCCAGCCCUGAUAUUUGUUUACGCAAUUGUAAAAUAAAAACGAACAUUACCAUGGCAACGGGUACCUCGACAGUAACACAGACGGUGCAGGAGGACACCGAAGAGAAUGUGAUCGAGCAGACGGAGUCUAUCGUCAGGAAUUUCUUUCACCAGAGGUUGACAAUGGACAUGCAGGACCAGACGAGCGAUAUGAAUAUAGCCACGCCCAGGAUACCGGAAUUACAGAACUUCACUUCAGAUCCUUUAAGUCCAACCUCAAGAGUAGGGCGAAGACUAGCUCAGAUCGGAGACCAAAUCGAUGCGCAGUACGAGGGAGAGUUCAGACAGAUGAUUCAGAUGCUUCACAUAACGCCCUCAACGGCCUACCAAGCAUUCGCUGGAGUAGCAAGAAGAUUAUUCGUCAAGGGCAUCAACUGGGGGCGCAUUUCGGCCCUGCUCAUGUUCGGCUAUCGUAUCGCCAGAGACGUCAUGACGAGCGUGGGGGAGUUCGUUCACAAGAUCAUCAAGGAUUUGGUGCGUUUCAUCAUCUCGGAGAGAAUAACGACGUGGAUUGCGCAACAAGGCGGAUGGAUAUCAGCACUGAAUUUCAGGAUAGAGAACCCAAGCGUGGGCGUCAUUGCAAUAGCAGGCCUGUCAGCACUAGCUAUCGUGUGUGCAUUUGUAUGGUCAAGAUCUAGGUAGAAUACUGUCAAGGUACAGAUAGCAGCUUUUUAUUGAAAGGGAUCGGUGUAAUAACCAAGUUACACUGCAGGGAUCUGUCGACGAAAAACUUGCAAUCAAAGACAACCUCUAAAGAAAAUAAAUUGCAACUUUAUUUUGAGCCAAUCUGAUGUGAAUAUAUCAGACUUGCUCUUGAUUUUUUUUUAGUUGCGUUUAAACAGAACUCUUUCUGCAUCAGGGCCUGGUGAAUGUUGAUGAUGACAGAUAUGCUCUGAGCCAACCAGAUGCAAGGAUUUGGUGAACUUAUAAAAAAUAGUAAAAAUCACUGACUAUUUGUUUUAUGAAUACUUCCGAGGACUGCUCCAAAACCAAACUAAGAGAGCAUUUCACACAGAAGCUUGUCAGCGAUUGUUUGCUGAUGAAAUCACAUGGAAGGAAUUCAGGGCCUAUGGACUAUUCGUUUCAUGAAAUGCCUGUGAAGAUUGCUUUUUAAACCAAACUAAGAGAGCAUUUCACAAAGAACCUUGUCAGCAAUUUUUUUUGCUGACUAGUUUACUAUUGGCCAAUGAGAUGCAAGGAUUUCAGUGGUUUUUAAUAGAUGUCAUUGCAUUGUAACUUGGUCUGGGUGCUAACCUUUGUGAUAAAGUGUCCUGAGAAUGUUUGUUUCUAUGCCGGGGUUUCUAAUCUUGGGCCUGUUUCAUCAAUCUUUAAAACUACAGUAAUUUUGCCUUAAUGAUAACUACCAUGGAAACCUUGAUUGUGAUUGGCUGCGGAGUCCUGUUACCAUGGUAUUUGCCAUCGGUUUUAAGUUAUGAUAGUCGCAAGUCUUUGUGAAAUAUGUCCGUGCAGGCAGGUUUUACACGCCAAUGUCAAGUUCUAAACGUCUGUCUUGCGAUUUCUCAGAGCAUCAAGAUUUUGUGUUAGCUCCUUAUUACACCGAUUCCUUAUAAUGUACUUAGUGAUUUUGCCUUGCAAUGCAUUGACUGUAUAUUCUCAUGGAAAAAAAGGGCAAUGCACAGGGUCUGUUCACUUUUAUAAACAUCAAUGCGUUCUCACUGGGUUUUCCUGCUUGCAGGUCUGCAUAGCAAGUACAGGAUUUGAAAGGACCCAGGACAUCAGGAUGCAAUAACUUUCACGUUUUUAAAACGUUAAGAUUGGCUUGGCUU